AUGGGGCAGGCCAAAUUGGCCGACCCAAGAGGUUUAGACUUCAGAUGGAUUGAUGCAACUAUUUCGGCGAUAAUUGCUAAUUCAAGCUUCAAGAACUUCAGUUAUAAGAGUGUAUAUCAAAAUUUAGGAACCCAUUUUGCAUUUCGUCCCGGGCCACUGUAUUUCUGGAGACGGCCCUGCCUACUCCCCGAGUACGCCCACCGUGCCGUCUUUGUUGUGGUGUGCCCGCACUGGCGUGUGGCCGCGAGGCAGCAGCUCGUGCCCCCGCCACUGCCUCUUCUCGCGCUCCCAGACGGCACCUUCUACAGCAUCUUGUACCCUAGGCUCUAUUCCUUCCCUAGUUGCGGCUUCGCAGGGUACGAGAGUGUCUGUGGCAGCUGGCUUGUCUUCCCACGUGACGACGGGUGCUUCCUGGUCAAUCCAUUCUCCAGGGCCACCGUCACGCUCCCUGCUCUCUCCUGCGUCCGACUCCGUCCUCCAAAUGCAGUCGCUAAGUGGUCACUCGAGGAUGGGUCAAAAGUUGCCGACCCUUACAUCACAUGGAUGCAUAUCAAUACAUCGGAAAAGGUGCACAUAAGUAAGCUAAUCCCGUGCUCGCCAAACCUUGUUGCUGCACUGGUUGGCAUUGGACACACCAGCCAGAUUCUACUGUGCCAGCCAGGGGCCUCGUCGUGGUCAGUGCGUGCUUACGAUCAGUGUAAGGGGUUCGAAGACAUGGCGUUCUACCAGGGCAAGCUAUACGCUAUUGCCAAUGACGACAACCUCGUUGUGGUGAACAUCAGCCAGGACCAUAGCACCGGCAAUCUACAGGUUUCUCGGAUUGGACAAAUCAUCAAGGGUGAGCCAUGGUAUCCAGUUGUGUUGGAAGAUAACACUAUGCCCUGCAAGAAGCUCUACCUGGUUGAAUCGCAUGGGGCACUGCUGAUGGUACGAAGGGCAAUUUGGUGCCGGGUACCUGGACCUGGAGUGCCUAGUGAAGUUGUUGCUGGAGUGAGCGGGUUUGAGGUUUUCAAGGCCGACUUUGAGCAUUCACGGUGGGUCAAGGUGUCGACCAUGGGGGAUGACCAAGUGUUGUUUCUAGGGCGAAGGUGCUCCAGGGCCAUGUCUGUGUCUCAGUACGGGCUGUUGGGUGAUUAUAUCUUCUUCUUGGAUGAUGAUGAGGAGAAUCAUAUGGACUACUGCUACGACAAGGAGAACACUUCUUUCGGCGCCUAUGACAUGAGAUCCAGCAGUGUCCUUCCGGCAUAUCCCAGUAUUUUCUGGAAGUGUUGUGAUGAGAUGCGUCUGGCUGCAUGGCUCUUCCCUGAGGACCGAUGA